ACGUUUCCUUCCUAGUCUUUGCUUCUCUUAUCUGGGAGAAUUUUUUUUCCCCCCAAGCGAAGCAUGAAGAGUUGUUAAGUGGAAAAUGGAGGCUGAAUUUUACCUGGCGAUUCUUACCAGCCUGAUCUUCAGGAGCUCGGAGGGGUUUCAGAUUGUCCAUGUCCAGAAACAUCAGUGCCUUUUCGUAAAUCAGAGAGUGAUCGUGGUGGGAACCUGCAAUGGUACCAGCCAGAACCAGCAGUGGCUGUGGGCUGAGGAUGGAAACCUCCUCCAUGUUCGAUCUGCACUGUGCCUGGGCAUCUCCAACUCCUCCGGUGGCCCUUCCCGUGCUGCUGUCCUCACCCCCUGCUCCCAGGCACCCCGAUGGACCUGCUACGAGCAGGAAGGGUUCCUGGAGGUCGAAAAUACCUCCUUCUUUCUCAAGAAACAAGGCCCCAAAGUAGUGGUCAAGAAAGGCAGGAAAUACCUCCAUAGCUGGAUGAAAAUAAUCGUCAACAAGGAGGGGAAAGUGGUCAAUGAAAGCCUCUGCUUAAAAGAAGCUGGCCUGGGAGCAGAAGUUUCAGUAAGGAGCACUAGAAACAUGGCUCCUCCCCAGAUCCCCACUACUUUUAAUACAGUUCCAUAUAGCCCGGAGCACCCUAUUAGGAACACCACAGAGGCCUUUAUCAUCAAUACUACAGAAAACCACAGCCACAACAGCAGCAAGAAACCUUACCCCAAUCUGCAUGCAACUGGAAUUGCAGAUACGUCGUGGAUACCAUCAACUACUUGGCCCUUCUCCAGCACCACUAAAGAGACUGGACUGGCAGAGUCAGUGAGAUGUAACUUCACCCUGACGGAGUCCAGGGUCUCCAGCUUGUCGGUGUCUAUGCAGUGGAGAACUUUAGGGUCACCAUGUAACUUUAGCCUCAUCUAUAGCGGUGACACCUCCGGGCCUUCAUGGUGCCACCCCAUUCAGAUAGACAACACUACCUAUGGGUGUACCCCCAAGGAUUUACAAGCAGGAACCAUCUAUAACUUCAGGAUUGUUUCUCUGGAUGGAGAAGAGAGAACCGUGGUCUUGCAAACAGAUCCUUUACCACCUGCUAGGUUUGGAGUCAGUAAAGAGAAGACUACUUCAACCAGCCUGCAUGUUUGGUGGACUCCAUCUCCUGGAAAAGUCACCUGGUAUGAGGUGCAGUUAUUAGAUGAUAAUAACCAAAAGAUGCAAGGUGUCCAAAUUCAAGGAAGUACAUCACGGAAUGAACACACAUUUUUAAACCUCACUGCUGGUAAUUAUUAUAAUGUUGCCAUCACAGCUGUCUCUGGAGAGAAACGUUCCUCUACAGUUUAUACCAAUGGGUCAACAGUGCCAUCUCCAGUGAAAGAUAUUGGUAUUUCAUCAAAAACUAAUUCUCUCCUGAUUUCCUGGUCCCAUGGUUCUGGAAAUGUGGAACAAUACAGGCUGAUGCUAAUGGAUAAAGGGAUCCUAGUCCAUGACAGUAUUGUGGACAAACUCGAUACCUCCUAUACUUUUCAUGGGCUGAUACCUGGCCACAUCUACAACCUCACUAUUGUGACUAUGGCUGCAGGACUGAAGAACUACAGGUGGAAAUUAGUCAGGACAGCUCCCAUGGAAGUCUCAAAUUUGAAGGUGACAAAUGAUGGCAGUUUGACCUCUCUAAAAGUCAAAUGGCAAAGACCUCUUGGAGAUGUGAAUUUCUACAACGUGACCCUGUCUCACCAAGGGACCAUCAAGGAAUACAAAGUAUUAGCACCUCAGGUCAUUGAAACUCACUUUAAAGACUUAGCCCCUGGACGACUUUAUCAAGUUACCAUCAGCUGUAUUUCUGGUGAACUCUCUGCUCAGAAGAUGGUAAUGGGCAGAACAGUUCCAGACAAAGUUAGGAACCUAGAGGCAAACAACAAUGGUUGGAUGAGGUCCCUCAUGGUGAGCUGGUCGCCCCCUUCUGGAGACUGGGAGCAGUAUCGUAUCCUGCUCUUCAAUGACUCUGUGGCACUGCUCAACACCACUGUGGGAAAGGAGGAAACACAGUAUGUCAUGGAUGGUGUGGGGCUCAUACCCGGAAGACAGUAUGAGAUAGAAGUCAUCGUUGAGAGUGGAAAUAUGAAGAAUUCUGAACGUUGCCAAGGCAGGACAGUUCCCCUGGCUGUCCUUCAGCUUCGGGUCAAACAUGCUAACGAAACUUCACUGGGCAUCAUGUGGCAGACCCCCGCUGCAGAGUGGGAGAAAUACAUCAUCUCUCUAGCCGACAGAGACCUCUUACUCAUCCACAAGUCGCUCUCCAAAGAUGCCAAAGAAUUCAUUUUUACUGAUCUGGUACCUGGACGAAAAUACACAGCUACGGUCACCAGUAUUAGUGGAGACUUAAAAAAUUCCUCUUCGAUAAAAGGAAGAACAGUACCUGCCCAAGUAACUGGCCUGCAUGUGGCCAACCAAGGGAUGACCAGUAGUCUAUUUACCAACUGGACUGAGGCCCUGGGAGACAUAGAAUUCUACCAAGUCUUACUGAUCCAUGAAAAUGUGGUCAUCAAAAAUGAAAGUGUUCCCAGUGAGACCAACAAAUACAGCUUCCACUCUCUGAAAUCAGGCAGCCUUUACUCCGUGGUGGUAACAACAGUGAGUGGAGGGAUUUCCUCCCGACAAGUGGUGGUGGAAGGAAGAACAGUCCCUUCCAGUGUGAGUGGCAUGACGGUGAACAAUUCAGGUCGUAAUGACUACCUCAGUGUUUCCUGGCUGCCAGCGCCUGGAGACGUGGAUAACUAUGUGGUGACCCUCUCCCACAACAGCAGGGUGGUUCAGUCCCUGGUCAUUGCCAAGUCUGUCAGUGAGUGUUCCUUCAGCUCCCUCACCCCAGGCCGCCUCUACAAUGUGACCAUAACUACAAGGAGUGGCAAGUAUGAGAAUCAUUCCUUCAGCCAAGAGCGGACAGUGCCUGACAAGGUCCAAGGAGUCAGUGUUAGCAACUCGGCCAGGAGUGACUACCUAAAGGUGUCCUGGGUGCAUGCCACUGGAGACUUUGAUCACUAUGAAGUCACCAUCAAAAACAAAAACAACUUCAUUCAAACCAAGAGCAUUCCCAAGUCGGAAAAUGAGUGUAUAUUUGUUCAGCUAGUCCCUGGACGGUUGUACAGUGUCACCGUUAGUACAAUAAGCGGCCAAUAUGAAGCCAGUGAACAAGGAAAUGGAAGAACAAUCCCAGAGCCCGUUAAGGAUCUAACACUGCGGAAUAGGAGCACUGAGGACCUGCAUGUGACUUGGUCACGAGCUGAUGGGGACGUUGACCAGUAUGAGAUCCAGUUGCUCUUCAAUGACAUGAAAGUAUUUCCUCCUUUUCACCUUGUAAAUACUGCAACCGAGUAUAGGUUCACCUCCCUAACACCAGGGCGCCAGUAUAAAAUUCUCGUCUUGACAAUAAGUGGGGAUGUACAGCAGUCAACCUUCAUUGAAGGCCUAACAGUUCCUAGUGCUGUCAAAAAUAUUCAUAUCUCUCCCAAUGGAGCAACAGAUAGCCUGACAGUGACCUGGACCCCAGGUGGCGGAGAUGUUGAUUCCUAUGUGGUGUCGACCUUCAGGCAGAAUCAGAAGGUUGAGUCUCAGACCAUCCCCAAGCACGUCUCUGAGCACACGUUCCACAGACUGGAGGCAGGGGAACAGUACCAGAUUGUGAUUGCCUCUGUCAGCGGGUCACUGAGGAACCAGAUGGACGCACUGGGGCGGACAGUUCCAGCAUCUGUCCAGGGACUAAGUGCAGACAAUGCAUACAGCAGUCAUUCCUUAAUAGUAAGUUGGCAAAAAGCUGCUGGUGUGGCAGAAAGAUAUGAUGUCCUGCUUCUAAAUGAAAAUGGAAUUCUUCUGAGUAACACAUCAGAGCCAGCUACUGCUAAACAGCACAAAUUUGAAGAUCUAACACCAGGCAAGAAAUACAAGAUACAGAUUCUAACCGUCAGUGGAGGCCUCUUUAGCAAGGAAUCCCAAACUGAAGGCCAAACAGUCCCAGCAGCUGUCACCAACCUGAGGAUCACAGAAAACUCCACUAGACACCUGUCCUUCAGUUGGACCGCCUCAGAGGGGGAGUUCAACUGGUAUAACAUCUUUCUGUACAACCCAGAUCGAACACUUCAGGAGAGAGCCCAAGUGAACCCACAAAUCCAGAGCUUCUCUUUCCAGAACUUGCUACAAGGCCGAAUGUACAAAAUGGUGAUCGUGACUCACAGUGGGGAGCUGUCUAAUGAGUCUUUCAUAUUUGGCAGAACAGUCCCAGCCCCUGUGAGUCAUCUCAAAGUAUCCAAUCGGAACAUGACAGAUAGUCUUUGGUUCAGCUGGAGUCCAGCUCCUGGGGACCUCGACUUUUAUGAACUGAUUCUCUACAAUCCCAAUGGCACAAAAAAGGAAAACUGGAAAGACAAGGACCUGACGGAGAGGCGUUUUCAGGGUCUUGUCCCUGGAAGGAAGUACACACUAUGUGUGAUAACUCACAGUGGAGAUCUCAGCAAUAAGGUCACAGGGGAGGGCAGAACAGCCCCAAGUCCUCCCAGUCUUUUGUCAUUUGCUGAUGUUGCAAACACAUCUUUGGCCAUCACCUGGAAGGGCCCCCCAGACUGGACAGACUACAAUGACUUUGAGCUACAAUGGCUCCCCAGAGAUGCACUCACUGUCUUCAACCCCUACAGCAACAGAAAAUCAGAAGGACGCAUUGUGUAUGGUCUUCGUCCAGGGAGAUCCUAUCAAUUCAGUGUCAAGACUGUCAGUGGAGAUUCCUGGAAAACCUACAGCAAACCAAUUUCUGGAUCUGUGAGAACAAAGCCAGACAAAAUACAAAACCUGCACUGCCGGCCCCAGAACUCGACAGCCAUUGCCUGUUCUUGGAUUCCUCCCGAUUCUGACUUCGAUGGGUAUAGUAUUGAAUGCCGCAAAAUGGACACCCAAGAAAUUGAGUUUUCCCGAAAGCUGGAGAAAGAAAAAUCUCUGCUCAACAUCAUGAUGCUGGUACCCCAUAAGAGGUACCUGGUGUCCAUCAAGGUGCAGUCGGCCGGUGUGACCAGUGAGGUGGUUGAAGACAGCACCAUCACAAUGAUAGACCGUCCUCCUCCUCCACCCCCACAUGUUCGUGUGAAUGAGAAGGAUGUGCUAAUUAGCAAAUCUUCCAUCAACUUUACUGUCAACUGCAGCUGGUUCAGUGACACCAACGGAGCUGUGAAAUACUUCACAGUGGUGGUGAGAGAGGCUGAUGGCAGCGAUGAGAUGAAGCCAGAACAACAGCACCCUCUCCCUUCCUACCUGGAAUACAGGCACAAUGCCUCCAUUCGAGUGUAUCAAACCAAUUAUUUUGCCAGCAAAUGUGCCGAAAGUCCUGACAGCAACUCCAAGAGUUUUAACAUUAAGCUUGGAGCAGAGAUGGAUAGCCUAGGUGGAAAAUGCGAUCCUACUCAGCAAAAAUUCUGUGAUGGACCACUGAAGCCACACACUUCCUACAGAAUCAGCAUUCGGGCUUUUACUCAGCUGUUUGAUGAAGACCUGAAAGAAUUCACAAAGCCACUCUAUUCAGACACAUUUUUCUCUUUGCCUAUCACCACUGAGUCAGAGCCCUUGUUUGGAGUCAUUGAAGGUGUGAGUGCUGGCCUGUUUUUAAUUGGCAUGUUGGUGGCUCUCGUGGCCUUCUUCAUCUGCAGACGGAAAACAAGCCAUGGUCGAGAAAGGCCCUCUGCCCGCCUGAGCAUUCGUAGGGAUCGACCAUUAUCUGUCCACUUGAAUCUGGGCCAGAAAGGUAACCGGAAAACUUCUUGCCCCAUAAAAAUAAAUCAGUUUGAAGGGCAUUUCAUGAAGCUUCAGGCUGACUCCAACUACCUUCUAUCCAAGGAAUAUGAGGACUUAAAAGACGUGGGUCGAAACCAGUCAUGUGACAUCGCACUCUUGCCGGAAAAUAGAGGGAAAAAUCGAUACAACAAUAUAUUGCCCUAUGAUGCCUCAAGAGUGAAGCUGUCCAAUGUAGAUGAUGACCCGUGCUCUGACUACAUCAAUGCCAGCUAUGUCCCAGGCAACAACUUCAGAAGAGAAUACAUCGCUACUCAGGGACCGCUUCCUGGCACCAAGGAUGACUUCUGGAAAAUGGUGUGGGAACAGAACGUUCACAACAUUGUCAUGGUGACCCAGUGUGUUGAGAAGGGCCGGGUAAAGUGUGAUCAUUACUGGCCAGCAGAUCAGGACUCCCUCUACUACGGGGACCUCAUCCUGCAGAUGCUCUCAGAGUCCGUGCUGCCUGAGUGGACCAUCAGGGAGUUUAAGAUAUGCAGUGAGGAGCAGCUUGAUGCAAACAGACUCAUCCGUCACUUUCACUAUACAGUGUGGCCAGACCACGGAGUCCCAGAGACCACCCAGUCCCUGAUCCAGUUUGUGAGAACUGUCAGGGACUACAUCAAUAGGACUCCAGGUGCUGGGCCCACCGUGGUGCACUGCAGUGCUGGUGUGGGUAGGACUGGAACCUUUAUUGCGUUGGACCGAAUCCUUCAGCAGUUAGACUCCAAAGACUCCGUGGACAUUUAUGGAGCCGUGCAUGACCUAAGACUUCACAGGGUUCACAUGGUCCAGACUGAGUGUCAAUACAUAUAUCUACAUCAGUGUGUAAGAGAUGUCCUCAGAGCAAGGAAGCUACGGAGUGAACAAGAAAACCCCCUGUUUCCAAUCUACGAAAAUGUGAAUCCAGAGUAUCACAGAGAAAGUCCCCGAAAAGAAUGGCAACAGGGAGAAGAGGCACAGUUAGGAGGGUACUCCCACAUUCGAGCAGCGAUUCCAGGAAGAGUUUCUAUCUCCCUAGCCCAGGAUGCACUUUAUUAAGGAAUCAGCUUAACAUUCCUUUUUCUAGCAAUGAGCCUCACCCCUAAGAAGGAUGCAUUGAAAUCACAAUUGAGAGUUCAAGUUGUAAAAUUGUUUGGAGAAGAAUUUGGCAAUCAAGUAAUCAGAAUCCUUAAUAUGUUCUUAUUUUGUAACACAGUACUUUUCCUGCCACCCUAAAUUCAAAAAAAGCGUUCUGCAUAAAUCUGUUCACAGUUAAAAGUUUGAGUGGAAAACACUGUUUAACAAAGGACUGCAUUAGAUAGCUUUGCAUUAGCACAAUGAAAUACCUGAGGCAGCUAACUUUGUAAAGACAAAGGAUUUAGUUAGCCCACAUUGGAGAGCUUCAAGGAUAUGGCUCAGUUCUGGGAGGAUCUCAUGGUAAAUGGUGGAUGGCAGUCACAGGAGUGCAUGACAAGAGCAAGCUGUCACAUCUUAAGCUAGGAAGUGAGAGAGCUGGGUGGGGCCAUCUUAGGCAACUGUAACAACCUUUUCAAAAGAAGGAGUCCCCUGAGAACUACCUCCCAAGGGCACACUCCCAAAGGUCUGAGGACCCCAAGCUAGGCCCCACAUCCCAAAAGUUCUACCACAGUAUUUCCUAACACUGCCACCGUGCAGACCACUCCUUCAAUCACAGUGGACCCUUGGUGGUGCAAACCAUAUUGAAACCACAGCAAGGAAUAAGUACCCAUGGUGUAUCACUUCAUAGAAUAGGACGUUGGCAUUAAGAAUGAAGGGCUUGACUAGCAUGUGUGAGGCACUGGGUUCAACCCUCAGCACUGCAUUAAAAAACAAAGCCCAUCAACAUCAAAAAGAAAAGAACAAAAAGAAUGAAGGACUUAGGUUUGGACUGGUGGUGAAUGCCUAUAACCAGAUUCUUGGGAGACUGAGGCAGGAGAAUGGCAAGUCUGAGGUCAGCCUCAACAACUUAGUGAGACCUUGUCUCAAAACCAAAAUAAAAAGGUCUGGGAAUGUAGCUGGGGAUAUAAAGUGCCCCUGGAUUCAAUCCCCAGUAUUGGAAAAAAAGAAAGUCUUGGGUCAUAGCUUAGUGAUAGAACACUUGCCUAAUAUGGGUGAGGCCCUUGGUUUGAUCUCCAGCACCGCAAAAGAAAAAGAAAAGUCAAGAAUUUUAUAGAUAGAGAUAGAGAUAUAUUUAGAUGAAAUCUCACUACAUUGCCCACUGACCUCCAGCUCUUGGGCUCAAGCAAUUCUCUUUCUUCAGCCUCCUAAGUAGCUAUGACUAUAGGUAUAUACCACCUCACCUAGCUUAAGAAUGUUAUUUUUGAAUAUAUUACAGUAAUAUGGAUAUUCUUACAAAUAAGUUGUCUUAGUCCAUUUUGUGUUGCUAUAGCAAAAUAUCUGAGACUGUGUAUUUUAAAAAGAAAAGAGGAUUGGGCCAGGGAGGUAGUUCAGUGAAGGAGUACAUGCUUAGCAUGCUCAAGUCUUCUCAGCAUAGCACAAAAAAAAAAAGAGAGAGAGAGAGAGAAAGAAAGAAAGAAAAGAAAUAAGGGAAAGGAAGAGAAAUGAUUUUUAUUUCACUCCUAAUUCUUGAGGCUACAAGUCCAAGAUUGGGCAGAUUCCAUCUGUUCAGCCCCUGGUGGGGCUUCAUGGGUGCAUCACAGCAGGGCAAUGUCAUCACCUAGUGACAGGACAUGUGAUGGUGAAAGACAUUAUAUGAUGAGAAAGGGACCAAGAAGCUGGGGAGGAGCAAAGCUUAAAACAGCCUACUCUUGCAGGAACUCAGCCACUCCCGUGAGACCUAACCCACAGAGAGACCAGCAUCAAUUCCUUCACAGGACAGUGAGGACCUGGUCAUUCCUUCUAGACCCCACUAGUCCUUCCACCUUUCAGAAUUGUUACCCUGGGGACCCAGCUUUCAAGACUUGAACCUUUUUGAUGACAAACCACAUCGAAACUAUAGCAUAAGUUAAAUAAUAGAUGCAGAAUGUAAUACAAAAACAAAGUGUGAAGGGCAAGACCAGGAGAAAAUGCAGUAGUAAAAUAUAUUUCUCUGAACAAUAGAAAAAUAUGUGAUUUUUCUCUUCUAUUUUUAUGUGUAUUCUAGAAUAAGCAUGUAACACUUCCAAAUAAAAAAUUUAGCAGAAAAAAAAUUACAAGUACUUCUUUGAUCAAACAAUGACUGAUUGCUAAGAGAAUGGUCUUCAUGCCUUGUCCGACUCUAGGCCAUCAUUAAUAAUGACCUAAGUUAUCACACAGACUGAUUGCAAAUGUGAGCAUGCAUUAUAUUGGUUAGAUCUGUUUUUACCUACCAGCAACUUUCACUCCAGGAGGACUGAGAGCUACCUAAAAUCAGAUAAUUUUCCUUUGACAAACAUUAUUUCAGACCUGUCUUAUCUUCAUUUCCAAAUGACCUUAAGUUGGCAAUGCCUCUUAAUGUCUUAAUGUUUCUUUUAUUGAGUCCUCUGUACCUGCUAUACCAACCAGUUUGCCUAUGUGUUGAAUAGUUAAUCUGUAAAGCACAAAUAGAGACCUACUAUUUAGAGGAGUCUUUGUAAAUCAGAUACUCUUUUGUAUUAUGAAUAAUUACCCCCUAAUUUAUCUGUAUAGUAAAUUAUGGAGAACGCUCUGGGGGAUCUUAGAGGUUCCUUUGUCUUGCUUUGAUCUUUUGGAGACUAUUUUUUUUUUUUUAGAACAGUCUUGGGUAUGUCUAAAAGAAACUAACUAUGGGAUAAGAUCACCACCAUCUUGAAAGCUAAGAUUUAGAUCCUAGUUGAGGAAAGACCUAGCAUUAAUGAGCUGGGUGGCCCUGAGUGAGUUACUCUGUCCCUCUGAGCCGGUAACUUUAUCUGUAAAGCCAGAGGGCAUGGACUAACAUCACUCACCCCUUCCAAAUCUGAUAAUCUAUUUCUAAAUGGAGUGACCUGGCCAUCCUCAUCCUAAACCAUGUUGAGCUUUAGUCAUUUCCACUAGUCUUCCGACUUGUCAUUUUCACAAACAAAACGACAGUGACAUCCACUGCUGCGGUCUCU